AAAGUAAUCACGAUGGUGCUGAAGCAGCUGUUCCUUGUUAUACUGUUAGCAGCAGCCGCCAUGGCAGCAGCUCAUGAAGCUCUAUCCCUUGAUGGAUGUCCCGACAAGUGCGGAGAUGCGGACAUUCCAUAUCCGUUUGGUGUCGGGGUACAACGUGGUACUUCUCGAAACUGUUUCUUGGAUCACUCGUUCAAUCUCACUUGCAACAGCUCCUCGUCCACGUUAUACUUCGAAAACUACCCAGUUUCUAACAUAUCCCUCCAACAAGGUCAAAUGGACAUUUUGACGCCUGUCUCCAAGCAGUGUAACGGAGAUUACAAUGAUUCCUAUACUAAUCUUUACACCAAAGAUUUCACCAUUUCCAGCACCCGAAACAAGUUCGUAACUGUUGGCUGCGACGCUUUGAGCUUCAUUGAAUUCACCAACAACAACAACUUCCAUUGUAACAGCGGCUGCGUGUCGUUAUGUGACGAACUGCAAUCUCAUCAAAACAAGACUAACGAUGGAACUUGUUCGGGGAUUGGGUGUUGCCAAUUGAAUAUUCCUGUGGGAUUCAAUAGCAUCAGUUUGGGUGCAUCUUUUCGCGCAUUCGAAAGUACCCCGGUGUCGCCAGUCAACAACUGUACUUAUGCUUUUGUUGUCAAAGAUGAUGGGUUUAACUUCUCCUUUAAUUAUCUGGAUAACUUUCCCAAUGAUAGCGUCCCACUCGUCCUAAAUUGGAGUGUGUCAAAUGGUACGUGUCAAACUGCUUCUACUAACUAUACCACAGACUAUGCCUGCAAAAACAACACAGAUUGUGUGAAUUCUACCGACGGAAUUGGGUACAAUUGCAAAUGCAAACCUGGCUUUCAAGGAAAUCCAUACCAUCCACACGGAUGUUACGAUGUUAAUGAGUGCGAAACCAUCAAUGAAUGCACUAUGCCAAAUCAAUGCCACAAUUAUGAUGGUAACUAUAGUUGUUCUUGUCCACAUGGAUACAAAGGUGACGGCUACAAAAAUGGAACAGGCUGCACUCCAUCAUAUAUCUUUAUUCUUAUUGCUUUAGGUGUUAGUGUAGCUUUGUUGGUUGUCUUCACACUAAUCUCCACAUUAUGUUGGGCACAAAAGCGAAGAACUUUGAAGCAAAUCAGACGAAGAAAUUUCGAGCAAAAUGGAGGCAACAUGUUGCUACAACAAUUUUCACAACAACAUAAGUACACUGAGAGGACCAAAAUAUUUACAGAAGUUGAGCUUAAGAAUGUCACAAACAACUUUGAUGAAGGCAGAAUCCUUGGUCGUGGUGGACAAGGCAUAGUUUAUAAGGGCAUAUUACAGGACAACACUUCUAUUGCCAUUAAGAAGUCCAAACUAGGAGGGGAUCCUAGACAAAUUAAGGAUUUUAUCAAUGAAGUAUCUAUACUUUCUCAAAUUAAUCAUCGGAAUGUGGUUAAACUUUUAGGAUGUUGCCUUGAAACUGAAGUCCCUUUGUUAGUAUAUGAGUUUGUUGACAAUGGCACUCUUCUUGAUCACAUUGAUCCUUUGAAGAAUGAGUUUUCUAUUUCAUGGGAGACUCGAUUAAGGAUAGCUGCAGAGACUGCUGAGGCUAUUUCAUAUUUACACUCUUAUGCUUCCAUUCCAAUUAUUCAUCGAGAUAUCAAAUCUACUAACAUACUUUUAGACCAUAAUCUCACAGCUAAGGUGUCUGAUUUUGGAGCUUCAAGAAUUGUUUCUCUUGAUGAAACUCAAGUUACCACUAUGAUACAAGGAACUCUUGGAUACUUGGAUCCAGAAUACCUCCAGACAGGUCAAUUGAAUGAGAAGAGUGAUGUUUACAGCUUUGGAGUUGUGCUUGUGGAGCUACUCACGGGGGAAAAAGCAGUUCAAUUUAGUAGGCCAGAACAAACAAAUUUGACCAUGUACUUUGUGUCUUCAAUGAAAGAAGAUCACCUGUGGGAAAUUCUUGACAAACAAGUGUUAGAUCAAAAGAAUAUAGGACAAUUGAAGGAAUCUGCCUCAUUAGCAUUAAGGUGUAUUAGAGUGAAAGGAGAGGAGAGGCCUACUAUGAAGGAAGUAGCAAGGGAGCUAUGUGGUCUGAUGGCCAUGGAAAUACAUCCUUGGGCGAAGGGUGAAAAUCUUAUGCCAGAAGAAAGUGAAUACUUACUUGGCCAUGUGCCUAAUGUGGAUGGAGAAAUUGGUGCUAGUAGUUCAGCUUUCCAUGAUAGCAUGCAAAAGGAGAUAAUUGCAUUAGAGAUUGCAGAUGGACGAUGAUGAUUAAUUUGGUAUCCAUAUAGGUUGUUUUUCUAUCCUUAUACUUUCGUAGUUUUUGCUUGUUGUAUGUUUGAAGCACCUUUUGAUAGAUGUUGCGAUUAUGUAUGUAUUCAAUUGGUUGGAUUUCAAAGCAUUAUAUAGUUGUUUAAGGUAAUUUUUUGUUCACUCAUACAAACUUGCUAGCUAG